AUGGCACUUUUAUGCGGUCUAUGGAGCCAAUCCAAUUGCCAACAAGGUCGAGAGACCAUUGUUCAUCUCUUUGAAUGGAAAUGGAACGACGUGGCUACCGAAUGUGAACGCAUUCUGGCACCAGCUGGGUUCUGUGGUGUACAGAUCUCUCCUCCUCAUGAAAAUAGAAUUGUCAAACUUCCUCUCCGACCCUGGUUUGAGCGUUACCAGCCCGUCUCCUAUAAACUGGUGACAAGAAGUGGCAAUGAACAAGAAUUCACAGACAUGGUAGAGCGGUGCAACAAAGUUGGCGUCAGGAUAUACGCAGACGUUACUCUUAAUCACAUGGCGCAGGCAGGCUCCAGUGGACUUGGUACAGCUGGGUCUUAUUACUCCGACCCUUUAUAUCCUGACGUCCAGUUCUCCGAAUCAAAUUUUAAUAACGCACAAAACUGUUCAUCCAAGGACCUUACAGUACACAACUACACAAACAAAGUAGAAGUUCGAAAUUGCAGACUGCAAGCACUAAACGAUUUGAAAAUAUUUUCCAGUCACAUUCAAGAAACCCAAUUAAAGUUCCUAAACAAGCUAACAGACAUUGGAGUGGCAGGUUUUCGGAUCGAUGCUGCUAAACACAUGUGGCCUUCCGAACUUGAACGGUUAUAUGUCAAGCUACACCAUCUGAGUACAAAAUAUUUUCCUUUUGACACGCGACCUUUUAUCCUUCACGAAGAUUUGGUAAUCGACACUGUUGGACUGUCCAGUGAUAUUCCUGAAUAUACCAAAUUGGCCAAGGUCACUAACUAUGAUUAUGGAUACUUUCUCGCAAGGGUAUUUCUAGGUCACACAGAAAAUCUGAGAAUACUGACAGAUUUAGAAUUAAGACACGGGUGGCCAGCAUCUGAUGACGUCAUGGUUUUCAUUGAUGACAGUGCGAGUCAACGUGGUUAUGGAACAGCAAAAGUUUUGUCCAAUUUUGAUAAUCCCCGUUUGUAUAAGAUGGCAAACGUGUUCAUGCUUGCACAUCCGUAUGGAUUGGCAAGAGUAAUGAGCAGUUACUAUUGGCCGAAGACAAUGGUCGACGGUAGGGACGUUUACUCUUGGAUGGGCCCACCAGCAGAUUCUAAUAUGACCACACUGGGGGUCUUCUACAACAACAACAUAAAUUGUCAAAAUGGAUGGAUCUGUGAACAUCGUUGGAGACCAAUAAAGAACAUGGUAGGUUUCCGAAAUACCGUGGGUCGUGCCAGAAUAUCGAACUGGUGGAGUAACAAUCAAAGACAGUUUGCCUUCGCCAGACAAGGCAGGGGAUUCGUCGUCAUGAACGCCGGAAAUUCCGAGUUAUCUGUCAAGUUGCUCACUGCUUUACCAAGUGGAACAUAUUGUGACAUCAUAUCCGGUGAUUUUGCGAAUGAUAAGUGUACUGGAAAGAUAGUAACAGUAAAUAACCUUGGACAAGCCAAUUUCAUUAUACAUUCUCGAGAACAGGAACCGAUGAUUGCAAUACAUGUUGAUGCAAGGUUAGGAAGCUCUAGAGGACAAACCUCCAGCAAGAAUGGUUUAUUCCCGGGAAUCCUCGGGAAGAGACGUUGAUAUCAGGCGUAUGAUGUUUUUUAAUUAUAUGAUACUGAACACUUCUGAUGUUUUUCCUUAAGCUCCUUUUAACUGCUUAAUCAUCUUUUAAAAAAAGUGCCAGCAUUGUGAUGUAUCUUGACCGUAAAAAGGUUGUAGAUUUUUCCAUAGACGCAUGUUUCUGUAAUAUUUUUUAACCCAUAGUAUAAUAAUAACUCCGAACUACAUGGAGUACCCCCCCCCCCCCCUCCCAAGAAUCGCAGUCAUUUACACUUUCAGACUGGCAAAAUUGUUCAUUUUCAU